AGAAACGAUAGCGCGGAUGCGGCCCGCGGCCGCUACGACGUCGCCUUUAUCAACUUUGAUUUGAGCGUAAACAAACAACAUUUUUGCUUUUUACGCGAUCCGCGUGUCUUUUAAUUUACUUUCUUUUUUAAAUCGUGUCCAAGCGAAGCCCUUCGCUCGUAGAUUUUUUUUAGUAGUAGUACUGUGGUCCCUCUCCAACGCUGCCGCAGUCUCGCGAGGCCGAAAAAUGUCGGGAACCGCCGCCACCGUGGACCCGCAGUUCAUCCUGCCCAACAGGGUGAGCGUGGUGCCGCUGGAGUGCCGCGCCGCCUUCGAGCUGCUGUCGGCGCGCGAGCGCCAGUACGCGCACUACCUGUCGCGUGCCGCCUGGUACGGCGGGCUGGUCGUGCUGCUGCAGACGUCGCCCGAGUCGCCGGCGCUCUACGCGCUGCUGCAGCGCCUCUUCCGUGCGCAGGGCCCCGCUGAGCUGGGCGAGCUGGCCACGCGCCUCGGGCUGUCCGCCGACGAGUACCAGAGUUUUCUGGUGUACGCCGCCGGUGUCUACGACAACAUGGGGAACUACAAGUCCUUCGGAGACACCAAAUUUGUGCCUGCAGUGACUAAGGACAAGCUGGAGAAGCUGGUGCUGGCCUCGGCAGCGUGUGAGAAGAACGCGGAGGAGAUGAAGGCGCUGUGGCAGGAGUGCAGCGGCCCCAUGUAUUCGCUGGCGCCGGGAGAGUGCCAGCUCGGCCUCGGCACCAAGGGGAUCUCGUCGUAUUUCUCUGGGAACUGCACGAUGGCGGACGCGGAGCUUGUGCAGAAGUUCCUUGAUGAAAAGGGCAUCAGCGCGUACAACACGCGGCUCUUCAAGACUGUGGCGAGCGAUGGCGGCGUGGAGUACGAGGUCCGCCAGGCGUCCAUCGUCAAGCAAGACAAGCCAGUGGAGGGAGAGAAGGAGAACAAGUGCGGUCAGUACGAGUUUGAAGGCACGGUGUUCAAGGUGACACGUGGAGACUACAGUCCCCUGUUGACGAAGGUCGUGGAGAACCUGCAGAAGGCCAAGGAGUGUGCAGCCAACGAGCACGAGGUGGGCAUGCUGGCGGGUUACAUCGACAGCUUCACCUACGGCUCCAUUGACGCGCACAAGCGCGGCUCCAGCCACUGGAUCAAGGACAAGGGCCCCAUCGUGGAGAGUUACAUCGGAUUCAUUGAAAGCUACAGGGACCCUUUCGGUUCUCGCGGUGAAUUUGAAGGCUUUGUGGCAAUGGUGAACAAGGACAUGAGCGCCAAGUACUCCCGGCUGGUCGCCUCGGCCGAGGAGCUGCUGCCCCAGCUGCCGUGGCCGGCGUCGUUCGAGAAAGAUCGCUUCCUCAAGCCGGACUUCACCUCGCUGGAGGUGCUCACCUUUGCGGGCAGCGGCAUUCCCGCCGGCAUCAACAUCCCCAACUACGACGACAUCCGACAGUCCGAGGGCUUCAAGAACGUGUCGCUGGGGAACGUGCUGAGCGCCUCGUACCAGGAGGAGCGCGAGAAGCUCACCUUCAUGACGGAGUCCGACAAAGACCUGUACGUGCAGUGGAAGGGCCCGUCGUUCGAGGUGCAGGUGGGGCUGCACGAGCUCCUGGGCCACGGCAGUGGAAAGCUCCUCGCCAAGGAUGAAAAAGGGGUUUUGAACUUCGACGUGGACAAGGUGGUCAACCCGAUAACGGGAGAAAAGAUCAAGAGCUGGUACAAGUCUAAGGAGACGUGGGACGGCAAGUUCUCGUCCAUCGCGUCCACGUACGAGGAGUGCCGAGCCGAGAGCGUGGGGCUCUAUCUGAGCCUCGACCUCGGCGUGCUGCGGAUAUUUGGGCACGAGGGCAACGCGGCGCAGGACGUGACCUACGUCAACUGGCUGUCCAUGGUGCGCGCCGGCGUGCUGGCGCUGGAGUUCUACACGCCUGAGACGGACACCUGGAGACAGGCUCACAUGCAGGCGCGGUUCGUGAUCCUGCGGGUGCUGCUGCAGGCGGGCGGCGGCCUCGUGAGCGUGGAGCACACGGUGGGCGCGGACGGGCGCCCCGAUGCGCGCAUCUCGCUCGACCGCGCCAAGAUCCCCACCGUGGGCCGUGCCGCCAUACAAGACUUCCUGCUCAAGCUGCAGGUGUACAAGUCGACGGCGGACGUGGACGCCGGGAGGGCCCUGUACGCGGCGCUGUCGGCCGUGAAUGAUGACACGGAGCAGCGAUUCCUCGCGCUGCGCGACACCGUGAUGCUGCGCAAGGAGCCGCGCAAGAUGUUCGUGCAGGUGAACACGGCGCUGAAAGACGAGGAGGUGGUCGUCACUGAGUACGAGGGCAGUGCUGCGGGCCUCGUUCACUCCUUCACCGAGCGCUUUGCCAAGGAUGGGGAGCAGCUGGAGGCCGUCCUGCUGGAGCUGUCUCGCCAGGAUCAGCACCACUGGAAGCAGCAGUAGCGCAGCCGAGUGGCGGUGGCAGCGCAGCGACGUCCGAAAAACGUCGCGGGCACGAAGAUGCAGGGAGGCUCUGCGUGGGUGAACUGGGAAGUCCGCAAGGCGGUGUUGGUUGUUUGGGUUGUGGUGUUGUGUCUGGCUCGCAGGGUGGACAGAGCUGAGCCCCAAUGGCUCUGCCCACAGGUUGGUGUCCCCAAGGGUGACGUUCUCGCAGCCCUUUUGUUUGCAAAUCAAUGUGAGGAGGUGCAAUCCCGCCAGCCCGACUGAACAAUGUUGUACCCAGGCUGCUUGGCCCACCCUGUCCCAUGCAAUUUGAGGCAUGGUUAAUGGUUGGGCACUGUCAUUGCACUCCAGUGACGCCCGCAUUGACAUAGUAAAAUUCGAUUUUUAAAAAGGGCCUUUUUUAAUGUAAACUUAAGCUGAAUGUGAGGGAUUGCCCGAGGCACGCAGCCAAGGUACACACCUACAAGAGAUGUUUGUUUUGGGAUUGCGUCUCCUCCUAACCCCUCACCACAUGAUCACAACCAUAACUUGAUUAAGUAUGUAAUACUGUACUUUGAUAAUGUUUCCAAAAUUCUCCAGUGAAUGCAAAGUGCUUUAUGUAAAAAAUAAACGACUCUGCAGGGUACCAGA